AUGUCCGUUCAAUACAGAGAUGAAGCCUUGAUCAAGCAACUCGAAGCUGAAAUUGAAGAAAACGAGUGCGGUGUAUCUGAUUGUCUUUGGUUCUUCUGCUGUGGUGUCUUUGGCUUGAUCUGCAUCAUCCCCAAAUAUAACAAGAGAAAGUUUGCUAACGAUCGUUUGAUCCUUGAGCUUUCCAAGCCUAAAUUUGUUCCUGGUGUUGAUCAAAAGUCACCUCUUUAA